UGAGUUCAUUCCAGUUUCCCAAUAUGUCAGUUGUCCAGAGAAAAUUUGGGAGUUUAACAAAACAGCAAUCAGGAGAUGCCAUGUUUAUUAUUGACCAGGAUGCAAUGUUGUCCCCUAAAUGGCUCAACCAGAUGCAAAAAGGUGCACCAAAUGUCCAGAGGAUCAGCAUCCAAAUGAGAAACGAGAUCAGUGCAUCCCCAAGAUCAUAAUUUUCCUAUCCUAUAGAGGACUUCUCGGGAAUAUACUGGUUUCUGCUGCUCUGAUCUUGUCUUUAGCCACAGUGCUUGUGUUAGCAAUCUUUAUUAAACACUUAGAAACUCCAAUAGUCAAAGCCAACAACCGUGACCUCUCUUAUAUCCUUCUUAUCUCCCUAUUGUUCUCCUUCCUGACCUCCUUUCUCUACAUUGGCCAGCCAAGGAAAGUCACUUGCCUUCUCCGUCAAACCUUUUUCAGCAUUGUCUUCUCAACUGCUGUCUCCUCAGUCUUAGCCAAGACAAUCACAGUAGUGUUGGCCUUCUUGGCCACAAAGCCAGGCAACACCAUGAGGAGGUGGCUGGGGAAGUCUCUGGCCAAUUCCCUUGUCCUUUCUUGUUCUGGGAUUCAAAUUCUCAUUUGUUCCAUCUGGUUAGGAGUCUCUCCCCCCUUUCCUGAGUCAGACCUCCACUCCCAGUCUGGAGAGAUUGUCUUGCAAUGUAACGAAGGGUCUAUUACCAUGUUUUAUGGAGCCCUGGGCUACAUGGGCUUCUUGGCUAUCAUUAGUUUCACAGUGGCUUUCCUGGCCAGGAAUCUGCCUGGAACCUUCAAUGAAGCCAAGCUGAUCACAUUCAGCAUGCUUGUCUUCUGCAGCAGCCUGAUGAAAAAGCACUGA